ACCUAGCAAAUAGUGAUAAAGAGAGAUCGUGCAAACAUAGUGUAUUCAUUUUACUAUAUAUACACUAUCAUCGAAAAACUUAGCAAAUAAAAUCAUUAUUUGUUUCGGCGAAAAUGGUCAUAGUCGACGAGAUCCACCGGGCACAACGGGCCGAGGGACCGGCCACCGUGUUGGCCAUCGGAACAGCCAAUCCUUCCAAUUGUUACGAUCAAAACACCUAUCCUGAGUUAUAUUUUCGUAUCACUAACAGUGAGCAUAAAACUGAGCUUAUGCAAAAGUUUAAGCGCUUGUGUGAUGGAUCAAUGAUUAAAAAGAGGUACUUUCACUUAACGGAGGAAAUCUUGAGAAAUAAUCCUAAUUUUUGUGAAUACAAAGCAACAUCCUUUAACGCUAGGCAAGAAAUUGCGAUUGUUGAAGUUCCAAAACUUGGGAAGGAGGCAGCCAAAAAGGCCAUCAAUGAAUGGGGUCAGUCCAAGUCCAUGAUUACGCAUUUGGUCUUUUGCACCACUAGUGGUGUGGAUAUUCCUGGGGCAGACUACCAACUCACUAAACUUCUUGGACUUGGUCCAUCAGUCAAACGAUACAUGAUGUACCAACAAGGUUGUUUCGGUGGUGGUUCUACUCUUCGAUUAGCCAAGGACUUGGCUGAGAAUAACAAGGGUGCUCGAGUCCUUGUUGUUUGCUCAGAAAUCAAUGUGUUCGGCUUCCAUGCCCCAAGUGAAACCGACAUUGAAGUUUUGGUUGCGCAAGCCCUGUUCGGUGAUGGGGCAUCAGCUAUCAUUGUUGGUUCAGAUCCAGUCCUGACGGUGGAAAGGCCUUUGUUUGAGCUUGUAUUCACAACUCAAACUCUUCUCCCAGACAGUGGAUAUGCAAUUACUGGUAGCCUCAAUGAGGCUGGGCUGUUACCUAAAAUACAUAAGGAUACUCCAAGGCUAAUCUCAGAAAACAUCGGAAGAGUCCUAGUGGAAGCAUUCCAACCUCUUGGCAUUUCUGACUGGAACUCCAUCUUUUGGGUAUCUCAUCCAGGUGGACGCGCAAUUUUGGAUCAAAUUGAAUUAAAGUUGGGCCUAAAGCUUGAAAAGCUCAAGCCUACAAGGAAUGUCAUGAGCGAUUAUGGGAACAUGAGCAGUCCUAGUGUUUUGUUUGUUUUGGACGAGAUGAGGAAAGCCUCUAUCAGGGCAGGAAUGCGUACCACCGGUGAAGGUCUUGACUGGGGCGUGCUUUUAGCUUUUGGGCCUGGGUUAACUAUUGAGGCAAUCGUCCUCCGCAGUUUCUCUAUUUAGCCUCGGAUUUAUACUGUGGGUUAAAUAAAGAAAUGGUGGGUUGGAGAGAUGUUUUAGCCACUGAAACUUAUCUUGAUGACCCUUCAGACGCCACUAAAGGACUUCUUGUAGUGUGUGUUUGUUACUACUAUAAUGUAUGUGUUUGCUUACUUGUAACUUAAGUCGCUUUAUUUAAGUUUAACUUAAAAUAUGGAUAGAAAUAUGUAUUUAAGUCUCUUAACUUAUCUCGACGGACCCUUCCGUCACCACUAAAGGACUUCUUGUAGUGUUUGUUUGUUACUACUAUAAUGUAUGUGUUUGCUUGCUUGUAACUUA